GAAAGAGAGAGAGAGCGAGAGAGAGAGCGCAAAAGAGAGAGAGACAGAGCGAGAGAGACAGAGAGAGAGUGAGAGAGAGUUUCUGUCCCUACAGUUUCUGAUUGGCUAAUGUUUUCUUAUACCGAUAAUAACAAACUAAAUUGACCAAUCAGCGCUCAGUCAACGAUCGGCUCAUUUUGCUUCGUUGAAUGUUAAAAGUGCCUUGUUUAAAGUUUUCUGAAGGUGAAUUUAGGAAUGUUCUGUAGAGCAAAGUGAAAACUACAAUAAAUAAAAAUGAUUAUUGACGAUUAAACAAAAGGGACAAUUGUAAAGUAUACAGUGUAAAAACUACCAGAGACGAGAAACUCGUAGAGAAUUUACUAUGACAAAAUAAACCAAACCUGGCGACACACUUUAUACGCCGCUCCGUUGGGGAAACAGCCAUAAAGUGACGUUUGAGAUGAUGACCAGUUUUCUAUCAUUUCUUUAAAGGUCAAUCUCUGUGUAAUGUUUAGUGGAAUGAUGUUGUGACGUAAAACGAAACCCAUAUUCUACGUGCUCGAGACCAGGUAAGUGCCGCCGUUAUGUCGGAACGACACCAAUCGCCGAUCGCACGCUUUUACUGGUGAGUGUCUUUAUAGCAUCAUUAGGACCCACUUUCCAAGCACACAGCUAUAAACCAGCCUCAUUACACUCAUGUUACUGUACAAUUAAAGAUCUCCAAGUGUUUUGCACAAAAAAUAACCUUCUACCGGAAGCAUACAUUUUAUACUUGUGUUAGGAAACUCGGUGCCAUUUGGAGAGUCAUGGAAAAGCAGGAAAUGCGUCAAUGGCGUCUCUGUUGGCCUGCAUGCUACAGACAGAAGCAUCCCAAAUUCCGCUAAAGCUGUGCGGCCGCGAGUUCCUGCGUGCUGUCGUCUACACGUGUGGUGGCUCCAGAUGGAGGAGGAGCCUGAAUGACCUGAUCUUCACAAAUGAGCUGGAGGACAUGCCAAGGUUCAGGAGGAGUGAGGACACGGGGUUGCUGGAUCUCUGCUGCCAAGUAGGCUGCAGGAAGAGAGACCUGGAGCUCAUGUGCUGAGAGAACGUCUGUCCAGCGACAAGACGAUAAGCAGCUGCGAUAGAUAGCUUUGGCAAGAUUUUUUUUUACACACAAUCCUGAUAAAUAAGAACAUUUGACAUUAAGUAUUACUUUUGUCUUCAUCGGAGUUUGAUCAGUGAACCGUAUCUUAAUUUAUGACUGGGUUUUAAUCAAUUCCAGAUGUUUAUCCACGAAUGUAAGAUGAUGUUCAAUACAAACGAGAUUAUAUAGUGAAUUUAAUACAUAUUAUCGUCGUCCGGUCCAAUUAAUUCACUAAUGUUUAUUGUAAAGCUGAAUGAGAUACAGACUAAUAAAACAAUGUGUCCU